GGCCUCUCCGCGGCACCUGCCGCCGCGCAGCCCGGGGCCGCCCGCCCGGGCGCAGCCCCCGCCGCUGGCAGGCUUCCCUCCAGGGACAGGAUUCCUGCUCUCCUUGCAUGUGAGUUGUGAAACUGGCCAGCAACCCCUAAGCCAUCGCCAUGGAUUUUGUUAUGAAACAAGCUUUAGGAGGGGCUACCAAAGACAUGGGGAAGAUGCUGGGUGGGGAUGAGGAAAAAGACCCAGAUGCUGCCAAGAAAGAAGAGGAACGACAAGAAGCUCUCAGGCAGGAAGAAGAGGAAAGGAAAGCCAAAUAUGCCAAAAUGGAAGCUGAAAGAGAAGUUAUGAGACAAGGGAUUCGAGACAAGUACGGCAUAAAGAAGAAGGAAGAAAGGGAAGCAGAGGCCCAAGCUGCACUGGAAGCGAACGCUGAAGGGAGCCUGACUCGCCCAAAGAAGGCGAUCCCCCCUGGCUGUGGUGAGGAAGAGGAGGAGGACGAGGAGAGCAUUCUGGACACAGUCAUCAAAUACCUACCGGGGCCCCUGCAGGACAUGUUCAAGAAGUAAUCACUGCAGAUUGUCAGACUGGCACAAACAGUACCGCAACGAAUUUCUCGUUUGCCCAAUGGGGAUAUACAACCUUGCCACCCAUCACGCAGCCCUCCCCAUCUCUGCCCUCUGCUGCUCACUAGGACAUGCCUCCGCUUCCCUUGCCCCUCCAACUGCUUCUCUCCCUUCCCUCCACCCCAAGACUCAUCUAGUACCUUUUUUUGUAAAUAGUCACAUCCAAUAGACGCCUCUGAAUGGAUGUAAGAGUUAUAAAGCUGCAAUCUACACAAUUUUUAUUAUAAGCCAUAGUACUAUGUAUGUUAAAUAAGCAACUGUACAUUAAGCAGAAAUAAGGAACAGCCUCACAUGUGUUUCCAUCCAAAGCAGGAAAGAGUGUUCACUAAAUGUGAACAGUGGCCUCUUUAAUUUUCCUUAAUUAUAUUUUUAUUAUUAAUAUUGAUAAUAAUUAUGUUAUUGUUAUUAAUGUUC